CUUCAGCAGCGGCUCUAUCUGGAUCCUACUACACUCACUGACAAUUAAAAGGAGGCCCUUUUUUCUUCUUAUUUCCGAGGAUUAUUGUUCACCAUGGGCGACAAGAAGAGCCCUACCAGGCCAAAAAGACAAGCCAAACAGACCGCUGACGACGGCUACUGGGACUGUAGUGUCUGCACCUUCAGGAACACCGCCGAGGCUUUCAAAUGCAGCAUCUGCGAUGUGAGGAAGGGCACAUCCACAAGGAAACCCAGGAUCAACUCCCAGCUGGUUGCCCAGCAGGUGGCUCAGCAAUACCCAAUGCCUCCCCCGGCCAAGAAGGAACGGAGGGAGAGGAGCGAACGCUCGGACAAGGAGCGCCCAGAAGGCGAAGGUGAACGCGCCAACGGAGAGGGACGUCCCGAAGGCGAGCGUCCGGAGAGAGUUAGGCCAGAACCGGACACCCCGGAGAAAGAGAAGAGCGAUAAGGAACAGCCAAUCAAAGACAAACCCGACAGAGAGAAGGAAAUCAUCCCGGCCGUCACGAAGAAGCCCAGCAUCAAAAAGACCAGACCCAAAUCAGACACCCAUCAGAGCCCACCCAGCGACAAACAGAGCAUACAGUCCGGCAAAUCAACAACCAAGACCAACAAGAACUCUCACAUUUCCAGGCCCAAACUGAAGAACAUCGACCGGAGCACCGCCCAGCAGUUGGCCAUCACCGUUGGGAACGUGACAGUGAUCAUAACAGACUUUAAGGAGAAGACCCGCUCCUCGUCCACGUCCUCGUCCACCAUCACGUCCAGCGCGGGCUCCGAACAGCAGCACCAGAGCUCCGGCUCCGAGAGCAUGGACAAGGGCUCGUCGCGGGCCUCCACCCCGAAAGGGGAUCUGUCUGUGGGGCACGACGAGUCGUUCUGAGGGUUCCACACGCACCCUCUUUUUUUCCUGCCCCGUCCUCAACCCUGCUCAACUACCCCCCCUUGCCCCUCCCUUUUUUUCUCUCCCCCCACCACACAUUUCUGGACACUAUGGAUCCCAUAGGGGGGGGAAGAGAUUUCAACCUUUUUUUCCCACUGCUGCUGCCCUGCCUCCAUUCCAUGAACCACCCACCUGGAUGCUGAGAGGAGCUGGCUGGCUGAGAGGAAACAGCACAGCGUGCCUGUCGAGAGGGGAGAGGAAUGCCCCCUCCCCCACCUGCUCGCAGGUCGCACGCGUUCUACAGGCAAGGAGAGCUGGGCUGUAAGGAAUUAAAUGUCCCUACUACCCCAACCACACACCCCCCCUCCCCCUGCGGUAGCAUCCAGACACUUGUAUGUAUUGUUUUAUAUUUGUACGUGGAUGUGAGGCCAAGUCGACUUUUAUUUUUGUUUGUUUGUUUUUUUUGUUUUUGUAAAGAAGAAUUCUCCGCUGGGCACAAUAACCACCAUCAUUUUAAUAACUUUAAACUAUUAUUACCCUUAUUUAUUACCUGUUGCACCUGUAUACUUUGAUAUUUCUCCUUUUUAUGUUGAAGCUUUGCUGUGUAGCUCUGCCGAUCGAUCGUUCCUUCAGUGUUUUUAUUACAAUUUGAAAUGAUACAACAAGACUCGAGUCACAGACAGACACACAAUAACACACACAUUUACACACACACACACACACACACACACACACACACUGGUGCUAGAUACACUGUGAAGCGGUUUUGCAAAUCUGGGAUUGCCCAUUCACUCAAUGUGACAAAGUGCUGAUGAAUCAAAUUCUCAUUCACUUUUCUCAACAACACUGUCUCACUCUGAACACUGUCGGGACCUCCAUCAGGUCCGUCUAACUCGCUCUGUACAGGUCAACGUGCAUCCGAAGAAGGUGACACCCGAACUUCAGACACCUGACUUUUACAACUAGACUGUCUCUGAUUUAGUAUGCUAUAGCAGAUCUCUUCUACAGUAUCUUAUGUCCUUAACUGUACAGUGUAGGCUGUUGUGUAAAACACUAAAAAGCUGUUGAUAUUUUUCUGCAUUCCGUACUUAAAUAUUGAGUUUGUCUGGCUUGAAAGGUAGAGCUGCCCUCUCAGCUCUUGAGCCAGAGUUUUUCUUUUUAAUUUCAGUUGUGACUGAAGGAUGGUUACAUGCAGUUCAGCUUGGUGAAACCAUAAGGAACUGUAAAAAUUCGACCUGUUGUGUCAAGCUGUUGUGAAUCGAUUACUUUUAUUUUUUUCUUAAGUCGUGGGUCCUAAAGGCGACUUUGAAUCUUCCCCGAAACAAGUGCAAAGACAUGAAUAACUUACAAAGAUUGACAAUUGAAUUGACUUGUUUUAUUUUUUUUAUUUUAUUUUUUUAAAAUAUUAAUUUAAGACUCCUAUCAUUGAAGGUUAAAAAAAUAUUGCAGUAGUUAAUAGAACACAAUUGCUCUUUCAAUUUUUUUAGAACAGCAAGGCUUAUUUAAAGGUUUUAAUUCACUUUCACCUUAGCUGAUACUAGAACAUCAUUUCCUUUUAACUGUAUGAAAUUGUAUAAAGAAUAAAUGUGUAUAUGAUAUCUUAGUUUUAUUUAUUGAAGGACCAAAGGAAUUUCAUAAUGACAUGAUACAUAGACAGAUGAAUAACAAUUUGAAAUGCAAUUAUCUAAUGUGUGAGAUGAAUAACAGUUUAAAUAAAGACUAAUAUAAUCCAUGUAAACGGUGUUCUUAUUGUCCACUUGUCUCUGUGCACGGCUAAAUCGGGGCAGAGAAUGUCACGCUGUGAGCUCGUGAGUUUUGAAGAACACCCACCCCAGCUCCACACUCAGUGGUGGAUCUUGGAUGAGAGAGAGAGAGAGAGAGAGACAGAAUGGGGUGUGGGAGGGCAGCUGAGAAGGGUCAAAACCUUUUGACCUCCCCUCCUCUUCACUCUGUAGCUCCCCCCAACUCACCAAUUGAGCUGCUCCCUGAGCAACUAAAAAGCAGGUUAGGUGAGGUUAAUAUGUCCCCCUGAACACUCCACAUAUCCUAGCAGGAUUUAAAGGAGGUGAGGUAGGGGAGGGGGGGCAUGAAAAAGCUUUGCAGUUUCACACGUGGGGAUGAUAAUCAUAUGUGUGUCGUAAGCAAUGUUUCAAGUCCAGGAGAUAAUGUGUUCCUAACUUCUUUUUCUUUUCCCUGCUCUUAAGCUAUGGUUAAUAUGUAAUUAUGUACUUUUAUUGCAUACAAAUAUGGGAUCAGUGUUCAAAGUGAGGAAAAGCAAUGUGAAUAAAGCUCAAGCUUGGACUGUUUAGGUUAAAAGGAGG